GUCACACGAGGUUCUUUCAAAUACGAAAACAACAGACUUAAGAAAUCAAUAUUGUUCCAAACUUCGAUUCGAACUGCUGAGCCAUUCGUUCAUAUAAUAUCACAACCAGUCGAUGGACGACAAACAAACAAGUCUGCUUCAGCUUCAGCUUUGGCUCUGAGCUGUGUGUGACUCUAUCUCUCUACUCUUGAAUCGUCCUGCUCUGUAAUGGAGCUUCCUCUCACACUCACUCCUAACCAUUCAGCAACCACAUCAUUUUCUGUAGCCCUCGCCCACUGCUCCUCCAAGCUCUGCGAUUUUCAAUCCAGGAAGAAAAGGACUUACUUUGACGCCACUAGGCUCUCUGUACGCUGCGUCAAGGCUUUAGCUGAGCAAAGUGGCGAUGCAAUCGAGGAGGGAGAGAACCGGGUCGGGUUCACUAACCCGGCUAUGGAGGUCACCACAUUGAAUCGGACUUUCAACGACGCUGAUUUCCCCGUUUGGGAAAAGAUUGGUGCUGUCGUCAGGCUCAGCUAUGGCAUCGGGAUAUACGGGGCCAUGGCUGUCGCGGGGAGUUUUAUAUGCUCGAUCACUGGAAUCGAUUCCAUGGGCGGUUUCCAGCUAUCAAUAGAUGCAAUUUUGGAAGGACUCGGCUACGCAGCUCCUCCAAUCAUGGCUCUGUUGUUUAUUCUUGAUGAUGAAAUUGUGAAGCUAUCACCUCAUGCUCGUGCUAUCAGAGACGUGGAAGAUGAGGAACUAUGGAGCUUUUUUUACGGGAUGUCCCCUUGGCAGUUUAUACUGAUGGUUGCUGCAAGUUCUGUAGGAGAGGAGCUCUUCUACCGGGCUGCUGUUCAGGGAGCAUUGGCUGAUAUAUUCCUACGUGGCAGUGAUCUAAUAGCUGAUGCUCGGGGAAUGGCAUCUUUGUUGCAGACAGGGGUAUUGCCUCCAUUUGUUCCAUUUGCUCAGGCAUUUGCUGCUGUGCUUACUGCUGUCCUUACUGGUUCUCUCUAUUAUGUAGCUGCCUCUCCUAAAGAUCCUACUUACAUCGUAGCACCGGUAUUACAAUCUCGCUCAGGUCGUCAAGAUUUGAAAAAAAUGUUUGAAGCAUGGUAUGAGAAAAGGCAAAUGAAGAAAAUAUAUUCCCCACUUCUGGAAGGAUUGUUGGCCCUCUACCUAGGUUUCGAAUGGAUCCAGACAAAUAAUAUUCUGUCUCCCAUAAUCACGCACGGCAUAUACUCUGCUGUUAUAUUGGGGCAUGGCCUUUGGAAGAUACAUUACCACAGGCGUAGACUGCGUCAAAGGAUCCAACAGCUCAAAUUUGAAGAAGAACGAAACGCCAAGUAAAUUUUGAAGUUGUGCUCUCUCUUGUCAUCUUCUUGAGUUGGGCAGAGAAAUGUAUAGCAUGUGUGAGAGUUGUAAUCAUGUAUAUAUAGGAAAGUUAAGUGUACCAUGAAUAGUAGCCCAAGUCUUCACUCAUACUGAGUUUCUUUAUUACACAAUUUUGUUCAGUGUAAGAACACCUUGUUGGCUAAAAUGAUGGAAGAGGAAAACGCAAUUUUUUUUUUUUC